AUGAGUUCGAAUAGGUUGAAAGAAAUGAGAGAGAAUUUUCACUAAGAACUUAGAAAGAAGAACCUGGAAUCUGUAUUUCGAUUGAAACGCUUAGUCAACACUCCCAAGUAAUCAAACCCAGUCGAAAAAUUAACAGAAAUAGUCAAUAAAAUGAUGAGAUCUGAAGAAUUACAGGAUUAUGAAUAUUAAACAAUCAAUGUAAUAUUGGAUGAAAUAGAUCAAAUAACCGUCACUGAUACUUCUUUAAGGUUCGAAUUGUCAGAACAACUCAGCGUUAUUAAGUCCUUAGUUGGUUCAUUGGAAUAAGGAUCUUUAAAUACUCAACAUAUAAAUAUUGCAAUUAAAGCAGCUAAUUGUUAUAGAAAUUUAACUCUAUAACAGCCUUAGAUUGACCAAUAUGAUUAAGUUUAAAAUAUUUUGGCAUCACUCUAAAUGGAUUCAUUUAAUGAAUAAGCAUUAAAAUUAUUAGCAACUAUUACUAAAAAUAUUGAAAAUGAUAAUCAAGUAAUAACCAUCUUGACUUUGGCUUCAAGAUUAAUUGAUACUUGCGAUUCUAAUUUAAGAGAAAAGGGUUUAAAUAUAUUUGAAAAUGCUAGCAGAAACAAAUAGAACAUCCAAUACAUACUAUCUAUGAGUGCAAUAAGUGCAAUCAUAGAUUUUGUUUAUAUCAAUGAGAAAAAUAUCUAAAAAAUUUCAAUGACCAUUUUAGUUAAUUUAUCUUAUACAUCAGAUUUCCAUGAAUGUGCCAAAUUAUUGGAUCUAGGAAUUACUGAUGUUGUGUAUAAAUUAUUAAAGAAUUCUAUUUUUACCUACAGUAGAAUAUUUGGAAGCAUGAUUUUUAAUAAUUUGAUGGCUUCAUCCCAUUUACUUCUAGACAAAGUAAUAUCGAAUUUAAAAUUGCUUCAAUUAGUUUUUGAUUUAUUAGAAAAUGAUGUUUUUGAUGUAAGAAUAGAAUUGUUUCAGGCUUUUCGUAAUUUUCUCGUUGUUUGCACAAAUUAAUAACUAUAAAAUCUGAUUGAUAAUGGAAUUUUAGAUUAUUUAACAUUAGGUCUUGACGAUCAUGAUAACGAAAUUAUUUUAAUUGCUGUUCAAACUCUCUACUAAACUAUGAAACGUUUCAUUUCUACAGAUUCAUAAUACGAUAUUUAUUACAAAUUUUAGCUCAAAAACAUACCAAAAAAAUUAGAGAAAUUACAGCAAAAUGAUGCUAUCUAUGAUGAUGUUUCUCAGUUUAUUGAGGAAUUUUAUGAUGAAGAAUUUGAUGAUUAUGAAUAUUGA